CUGAUUGUCAGAAACAUAAAAACUUGUUUCCAUCAUGUUCGUAUGGAUGGAUGAAAUGUAUCAUUUGGUUCAGCAGCUUGUUAAAAAUAUAGAAAAUCAUCUAAUAUUUUCAGUUUUAUCUCAGAGUUACUGAUGUUUCUUAUCUCCAUACAGAUGAAAUUUGUUCUUUUUACUUUGUUCCUUUGUGGAUUCAUGCUCAAAGUAAAUGGGAGAAGUUCAUCAGGAGAAUCCCUCCCAGAGGAAAAAUCCCUCGUGGCAUGUGAGGGAACAGUGGCUCGACUCUACUGUGAAGAAGGUCAGGCUAUCUAUGUGACCAGUGCUACAUAUGGACGCACUGACAAGAAGAGGUGCAGCGCUGGGAGACCUGCUGACCAGCCAAAGAACACCGAGUGCUCCACAGACGCAGGGAAAGUUGGUGAGAGGUGCAACGGGAAACAGUGGUGUAAAGUCAAAGCCAGGAACUAUGUGUUGGGAGAUCCCUGCUAUGGGACCUACAAGUACCUGGAGGUGGAAUAUAUUUGUUACGAUGUUCCCCAGUUGAGCCAGGCUGAAUCAAGGUCAUUGGCUGGAAUAUUGUCCCAUGUGACAUGUGAGGGAUCAGUUGGUCACAUCAAGUGUGCAAGUGGGGCGCUAUUUCUGAUCAGCGUUAGAUAUGGACGCCGCGAUCGGACGACGUGCUCCCAAUUUAUUCCUGGCGAACGCACAAAGAAUACUAAUUGUUCUGUGAAUGGAGCUUCAGAACUUGAGAGAUGUGCGGCGGAAUCGGAGUGUACUGUCUCAGCCAGUAAUUUUGUGUUUGGAGAUCCCUGUCCUGGAACCUACAAGUACCUGGAAGUGCUUUAUAUAUGUCAAAAUCCAUUACCACGUAUUUCUCCCAAUAACGACCAUCAGAUCUGAUGUGCUGAGAAUGAAAUGCAUCACAAUCAAUAACAUCUACAGACCUUGUGAUCCACUGAUGUGCAG